AUGAUGCCCGCACUUUGGUUGUACGGCUUGGUGCUUCUUUUGCCUACAGAGUCCUGCAGGAUAUUAUGCCAGGCCACCAGCAAAAGCAAGGAGAAGGUGAUGUCCAGGCCACAUGAUGUAUGUGAUGGUGUCUGUAAGGACAACACUGCCCCCUGCUUUCAAUCUUGCCCUCCAGAAAGUGAGGGCAACGUGAAAUUUGCCUGUAAGGCCAAGAAAUGGCACAAAGUCACUGAAACCUGCCACACCCUUAAUGCCAUCAGCAUCUUUGAGGAGGGUGUGGAAUUAUUUUCCAAUGUUCAAUCAUCGGAAUCAACUAUAGCUCUCCAUGAGUCUCACAGACAAUCUCAAACCAUAACAGAUAUGUUGAUGGAAAAAUGUCCAAAGGAUUUGUCUUGCGUCAUCAGAAACAUUCAGAAGUCUCCCCGAAUACCAGGAAACAUUGCUGUGGUGGUAGAGCUCUUGCACAACAUCUCGACAGCUCUAACCAGAGAGGUCAAUGAGGAAAAGAUGAAGAGUUACAGCGCCAUGGCUAACCAUAUUCUUAACAGCAAAAGUAUAUCAAAUUGGACCUUCAUCCAAGACAGAAACAGCAGCUGUGUCUUGCUUCAAUCGAUCAAUUCAUUUGCAAGCAAGCUAUUUGUGAAGGAACAUCCCAUCAACAUAUCACAUGUCUUCAUUCAUACCAUGGGUACCAUCAUGUCCAGGGACAGCCUUGGGAAGAAUUUCACUUUCUCAAUGCGCAUUAAUGAUACAAGUGAUGAAGUCAUUGGGAGGGUACUGCUCACAACUGAAGAGCUUCAGAAGGUUCCUUCUCCUUCCCAGGUCAUCAGCAUUGCGUUUCCAACUCUUGGGGCCAUCCUGGAAGCCAGUCUUUUGGAAAACAUGACCGUGAAUGGGCUUGUCCUGUCUGUCAUUUUGCCUAAGGAGCUUAAAAAAAUCUCGCUGAUGUUUGAAAAAAUCAGCAAGGCAGAAGGGAGGAAGUCCCAGUGCGUGGGCUGGCACUCCCUGGAGAGCAGAUGGGACCAGCAAGCUUGUCAGCUGAUGCGAGAAAACUCCCAGCAAGCUGUUUGCAGGUGCUGGCCUAGCAAGUCAUUCACCUCUUUCUCCAUUCUCAUGUCACCCGACACCUUGGAGAACCCGGUUCUAAUUUACAUCACAUACAUAGGCCUGGGCAUUUCCAUCUGCAGCCUGAUCAUCUGCCUGUCCAUUGAGGCCUUAGUCUGGAGUCAAGUAACGAAGACAGAGAUCUCAUAUUUACGUCACCUGUGUAUUGCUAACAUUGCAGCCACCUUGCUGAUGGCUGAUGUGUGGUUCAUUGUGGCUUCCUUCCUCAGUGGCCCAGUAUCCCACCACAAUGGAUGUGUGGCUGCAACAUUUUUUGUUCACUUCUUCUAUCUGGCUGUGUUUUUCUGGAUGCUUGCCAAGGCUCUCCUGAUUCUCUAUGGAAUUCUGAUCGUGUUCCAUACACUGCCCAAGUCAUUCCUGGUGGCCUCCCUCUUCUUAGUGGGCUAUGGGUGCCCUUUGGUGAUUGCUGUUAUCACAUUGGCUGUGACAGAGCCUAGAAAAGGCUACCUCCGGCCUGAGGCCUGCUGGCUUAACUGGGACAUGACCAAGGCUCUCCUGGCCUUUGUGGUCCCAGCUCUGGCCAUCGUAGUAGUAAACCUGAUCACAGUCAUGCUGGUUGUCAUCAAGACCCAGAGAGCUGCCAUUGGGAGUUCCAUGUUCCAGGAAGUAAGAGCCAUUGUGAGGAUCUGUAAGAACAUUGCCAUCCUCACACCACUGCUGGGGCUGACCUGGGGGUUCGGAAUAGCCACAGUCGUCGAUGGUCACUCCCUGGCCUUCCACAUUAUCUUCUCCUUACUCAACGCAUUACAGGUAAGUCCGGAUGCUGUGGUAGAAUCUGAAGCGAGACAGUAUGUGCAGCUGUUUUGUGAUCAGGAACAUGUGGCACCAUGUUUCAUGCAGAAGUCAAUGAAAUAG